GCAUGAAGAGCGGAUGGAGGUGGGUGGUGUCGUCCAAAGUGACCCGGAAAGUCUUGCUGCAGUCUAAAAAGAGGCCAAAAUGAGUGCACAGCUCUAGCUCUGUGACAGCAGUAGUAGCUGUGGCCUUACUUGACGCUGCUGAAGGGAUUGGCACGCAGCUCUAAUGGAAGCUCCAGCUGUUGAUUUGCAACACAUAAAGGGAGCAGCUGCUGACACACACCUGCUUGUCAAAGGUGUAUAGGAGCUGGACACGUGCAUGGGAAGAAGCUGAACACUUGACGAGGAGACGUCAGCUGACCGACAACACGUGUACGCCUCACCUUUCGCCCUGCACACCGCCGCCUCCUUCCUGAGGAUGUCUGUCUCCACAUCUCUGCUCAAGUCCAACUUUGGCUGCAGUUUGAACAUAAGCACAGAAAACUCCGCAUCGAAAUGGAAGGAGUCAAGAUGGAAGUAUACGCUAUUUUUCAAUGGGCAGACUCCGGGCUCGCACCGAUGAGUGAGGCAUCAUUUACUGUGCGAUCUUUGGUGACGCCACACUUCCUGGUUGGCUUGUCGUGACGUUGCCGGGCAGAACCGAGUGGAGCCGAGCCAUUCCGGAAUUUUGAUAAGGACCCAUCGACCCGCCCCUUCCCCCGCCUUGUUCUCCAGCACCCAGCCCUACGUCCUCCUCCCCCUUAGCCCAGCUACGCUAACAGCUCCCCGGCAGCAGCAGCAGCAGCAGCAGCAGCAGCAACAGCACGGCGCGCAAACACAACAUAUUGACAGCUGCGACUGACUCACAACCGAGGGGGUCAAAGAUGGAGCACAGGGACGCCGACUUCAACAUCAUGCUGGCGACGGAUUCCUACAAGGUAACACAUUACAAACAGUACCCCCCCAACACAAGUAAAGUCUACUCCUAUUUUGAGUGCCGUGAGAAGAGGACGGAUCCCGGGAAAAGCAGGAAGGUCAAAUACGACAAGACGGUGUUCUAUGGCCUGCAGUACAUCCUGCACAAAUAUCUUAAAGGAAAGGUAGUUACUCCAGAGAAGAUCCAGGAGGCAAAGGAAGUGUACCGAGAACACUUCCAAGAUGAUGUUUUUAAUGAAAAAGGCUGGAACUACAUUUUGGAGAAAUACAGCGGACACCUGCCCAUAGAAAUCAAGGCGGUGCCCGAAGGGAGCGUCAUUCCUCGAGGCAACGUCCUGUUCACGGUGGAGAGCACAGAUCCCGAAUGCUAUUGGCUCACCAACUGGGUGGAGACCAUCCUGGUGCAGAUCUGGUACCCCAUCACCGUGGCAACCAACUCCAGGGAGCAGAAGAAGAUCCUUGCCAAGUAUCUCCUGGAGACGUCUGGGAACUUAGAGGGACUCGAGUACAAACUACACGACUUUGGCUACCGGGGAGUCUCCUCACAAGAGACGGCAGGCAUUGGCGCCUCUGCUCACUUGGUCAAUUUCAAGGGCACAGACACGGUUGCCGGCAUCGGAGUCAUUAAGAAGUACUACGGCACCAAGGACCCGGUCCCAGGCUUCUCUGUACCUGCUGCAGAACACAGCACCAUCACCGCGUGGGGCAAGGACCACGAGAAAGACGCCUUUGAGCACAUCAUCAAGCAGUUCCCCGGCGUGCCCGUCUCCAUCGUCAGUGACAGCUACGACAUCUACAACGCCUGCGAGAAGAUCUGGGGCGAAGACCUUCGCGGGCUCAUCGAGAAGCGCAGCGCCGACGCUCCGCUCGUCGUGCGGCCCGACUCGGGAAACCCACUAGAUACAGUAUUGAAGGUUUUGGAGAUCCUGGGUAAGAAGUUCCCCACUGAGGAGAACUCUAAAGGUUUUAAGGUGUUGCCUCCUUACAUUCGAGUCAUCCAAGGAGACGGAGUGGACAUUAACACACUACAGGAGAUAGUGGAGGGCAUGAAGGAGCACAGGUGGUCCAUCGAGAACGUUUCCUUUGGCUCCGGAGGGGCUCUGCUGCAGAAACUGACCCGGGAUCUGCUCAACUGCUCCUUUAAAUGCAGCUACGUGGUCACUAAUGGACUCGGGGUGAACGUCUUCAAGGACCCUGUGGCAGACCCCAACAAGAGGUCGAAGAAAGGUCGGCUGUCUCUGCACCGGACUCAAAGCGGGGAGUUUGUCACCCUGGAGGAGGGUAAAGGUGACCUGGAGGAGUAUGGCAUGGACCUGCUGCACACGGUCUUCCAGAACGGCAAGAUUGUGAGGACGUACACGUUUGACCAAGUCAGAGACAAUGCCAAGCUCAAAGAGAGCGAGCUUGACGAGCUGCUGUACUGAGCACACCCUUAAAGUCAGUCAUGAAUGAAUUAAUGAAUGAAUUCCCAUGUCGCCCUCCUCCUUCUUCCGUCUGCCCUUCACCUUUUGGCCUCACUUGACGUCACACCCCUUAAAACUGGAGGUCACAUGCACUGAUAUUACAUCCCUCCCUUGAAGCAUACUGUGGCUUCCUUUAAAACAAACAAAAAAAUGCUAGUUCACUUUGAGGCAGGGGAGGAAUGAUAAAAAACAACAAAAUGAAGAAUAAGAAGCGGGAAGGACGGAUGACUUGAUUUGCUCUGUCGCCCUGAAGACGACAACGUGGACGCGUUCGUGUGUGAAGAAUCUUUUCUUUUUAAUCGCCAAAUUAUUACCAAAAAAAAAAGGCCAAAAGCUAUCGAGUGGUGCGUAAAUGUUUUGCACUAUUAAAAAAAACGAAGGUGUAGAGUGGCCACUGUAGAGCAUUCCCAUCAUCCAAACACACAAUACUCUCCUGAUAUGACCAAGAUGGAGAAUCAAUACAUCGCACAAACUGUCUUCACUGGAAUGAAGUGUGUGAAUGUGUGUGUGUGUGUGUUUAAUGUUGCUUCUGAUGUGUGUGUGUGUGUUAUUCCUUUAUGCAAAUUCAAAGUCUGGGAUUGGAUAUUUCUUAUUACACUUGCAAAGUAUUUAUUGCAGAAGGAGGUUUGGAAUAUUUCCUUGGCGGUUUCCUUCGGCAUCACUGCCUUAACUUUCCGACAAAGGUGUGCAGCAGGGGUGUCCAAAGUGUCCAGUUUUUUGAUUUCCAAAAUACAAUGAAUUAUGAAUGAGGUAUGCUACUAGACAUGACUCUAGUUUGCUUUAGUUGAAGCUUAGUGUGUAUCAGUAUCAGCAGCGUUCACACCCGCACCAAUCCUGAUGUUUUUCAGUAUGCGGCCCUCGCUGGGAAACGUUUGGACACCCCUGGUGUAGGAGUUGAUGACAUCACAGGUAUUGGUGUUCAAGACGUGGCCGGCAAACUGAGCCCUCGUUACCCUGGCGACGCUUUUAUCGCGGCGGCAGCUUCUGUCCUCAUGAGAACCGAUUUGCUGUUUUACAUGCAUGUGUUAUUUCAAUGUUUUAUUUCAUUUUAAAUCUUGUCUUCUUGUCUUUUCUAAUUUUCACCAAAUUGUCAUGAGAACCCGCAUGCUUUUGGUGCCAUUUCAACCUGGACAAACCCUUUUUUCUGCUGCUUUUUUUUUUCUUCUUUUCUACCCCCCACACCCCCUUAUGGUCCCACGGCACAUUUAAAAAAUACAGCACAACUGGGGAAAAAGUUGAAAUGUUGUAUGAAAUGUCGUGCAUCAUGAUCCACUAUCAAUGACUUUUAGCCUGUCGACUCUGAUCUAUUGCUACUGUUAGCCUAGCCUAGCCUAGCCUAGUCUAGCCUAGCCUGUGAUGUCACCCUCUCUGACCGUCACACUGGAUUCACGGCAACCUGAAGUAGCGUCGCACUGUCUUUUGCUGUUCUAAAUCACAUCAGUUUCUUUCUACGGCUUUUUUUUUCUUUUUUUUGUAGUCCAGUGUUGAUUCGACCACUUUGAUACUGUCUCUGUUCUUACCUCAGAUGAAUAUUAUUUUGUAUAUUGCAGUAAAUAUUCUUAUUGACAAACCACGCGGCCAUACUGCCUUUCUCAACGUGUACAUAGUUGGACUGAAAGCAGAUGGGGAGAAACUACCACAUUAGAUUGGAUUCUUUUUCUCACGUUUCUACCAAAAAAACAUCCAAAUCUGCUUGGUUGAUUGGACGUGUGUGUGUGUGUGUGUGUUGUAUUAAGGAUGUUACUUGUGGAUUAUUUCUUUUCUACGUGUUGUUGACUUCCUCGUAUGUAUAUGUUGGUUGUCCCAAAUUCUCACCGACGCUUUUAAACGGACCCACCUCGCUAUCUUGUCGACGACAGCGAUUAAAGAUGCCACCUGUCA